AUGCGAUUAAAAACACUUCGUAAAGAAAGACCAGCUUUUGAAAAUGAAGGUGUUUUUGUAAAUGGUAGUCGAAUGGAUCUACCACAUACUGAAGCUAAAUCACUUAAAUAUCGUUCAAAUAAUAGAUUAACUUCUUUAACAUUUUCAAAUAAUGUAUUACUUUCUCAUCAUCCUUCUCUAUAUGAUCAUACUUAUGAAAUGAAUACUCAUUUCAUUCAACAAACACCCAUGCAUCAAAAAGUUCGUCUUUCAUCACCAUCUGAGACAUCACAUCUAUCAUCAUAUCAAACUAUUGAAGCUAAUUAUCUUGAACAUGGUAUUCGUAUAAAUUUAAAUCCAACUAUAACAACAACUAUUAAACGGCAUAAUCAAACAUCAGAAAAUUUAAAUGAAAGAAAUUCUGCACGCAAUACUCAACGGCAUAAAUCAUUAAAUAAUGGACAAUUAAGUCGACCAUCAACUCCACUUCAUUGUUUAACUAAUGUACAACAUAUAAAUGAAUAUGUACGACCAUCUAGUUCAUUACAACGAACAAUUUCAAUUGAUCGCGAACGAAUAUAUUCUCAUCAUCAAUCAUCUAAUAAUUCUUGUUUAUCAACAACUGUUGUAAGUGAACAUUAUGAUCAAAAGAUUUUACCUAAACAAUCUAAAGUUACAAAUGAUAAACCAUCAUUAGCAACACUAAUUGGAAAUGAUCCUGAUCUCGCUUAUAUGAGCUCAUUAUUACAAAGAACUGGUGGAGCUUCAUCACGAGAAACAGUUAAAAAUCGACCUGUUCUUCGUGUGCCACCUGCUAUACAACGACAUAGACAAAUCGUAACAAAAACAACUUCUAAUCAACCAGAUAUAUCUUCAUCAAUAAACAGUUAUACAAAUUCAUUAGUACGUCAUGCAACAAUCGCUACUGUUCCACAACCAACAUCGUCAUCAAAAAAAAUUGAAAAAGAUAUUGUGAAACAUGCAUCACGUAUUCGAACAAAUAAUUCUCAAAAUUUUUCAAAAUCACAUACUCAUGAAAAUAGAUCGCUAAAUUCAAAUUCAUUAACAAGACUAAAUUAUAUGAAUAAACAAAAUCAAAUGUUAAAAUCAUCGAAAUCUAUUAGUAUGGAACCUCUCAAGCUUCUCCUAGAACCUACAUUUCGUUCAACACCAUCACCUCCCCCAUCACGUACUACUUCAAUAUCAUCAAAUGAUUAUCAUGCUGCACAAAAAAAUAAUAAAAAACGUAGUAUAUUACAUACAUCUUCAUUUAUUGAUAAUAACAAUAAUUAUGUACAUGGUGGUGUAACAGAUUUUAUUCCAAAUGAACAUUUGAAAUCAUCAUUAUUAAAUUAUGAAAAUUUAUCAAGAAUGAAAACUAUACCAUCAGAUAUGAUUACAAAUUAUAAAACUCCUCAAUCAAAUUCAUUUGAUUCUGGUUGUUAUGAUCGUAGUAGUAAUUAUAGUGGUGAUACACAUAGUAUAACAUUAAGUAUUCAACAAGCAUUAAGUUCUGUACCAUCUACACGAUAUACAAGUGUAGGUACACGUCGUUCAAAUACAAAUAAAAAAGUUUCUUUCGACGAUCAAUCUAUGACUGUUAUUUCAACAACACCAACUUAUGUUUAG